GUAGUAGUCGCAAUAGUAGAGCUGUACAAGUACAUACGUACGGGGAGUAGGAAGCCAAAAAGAGGACGAGGAAAUAGAAGAGGGCGACGAGAAGACGCCGGGAUGAUGUUGGAACAAGGGAACUUUGAGGUUGGAACUGGUGUUCUCGUGGAGGAGGGAGACUUCACAUUUUAACUUUGGACACUCACACAUGAGGAGCUGGCAAGUGGUGGUGUGGUCCAGUUAUCUUUUCAUUCUUCUCCCUGGGCUACGUUGAACACUUUCGCUCCCACGGCAUCGGGGAUGGGAAACAAAAGUGAAAGUCUCCACAUUUAAGUGUGCUGAAUGACAUCGACACAUUCAUUCCUACGAAUUUGCCUGCUCUCGUCAGUUCAUGCCCAGCCAUCGUGAAACGAAGACGAGCGGCCCGAUAGUCAUCCUCUUUGCCUCUUGAUAGUGCUCGUUGGCGUGUCCAAUGUUUAUCCCGGCCAAUUCCAACGGAAUUGAAGAUGCCAAAGAUGGCACAGUUUUGAAGCCUCUCGACUUCUCCAAAUCGGAUAACUCUGCCAAAGACGGACAAUCUCACAAGUCCUCCUUAGGGCCCGAAGACAUUGUCACUUCGACUCUAUCAUUUUUGAGAUCCACAUUGACCUCUGGACUGACCUCCAACGACUCGCACUCCCGAGGUAAAGCCAACAACUUUGAGGAAUUCACCAAGACUAUGGAGAACUCGGCCAUCCUCGAGCGGAUGACUUGGGAGAAAUCCCUCAUCCCACCCAUGGAUAACCUACCCAGUAUGGAACGCGAAUCGAUUGGGGAUAGCCGAUCAGAGACCAGCUCCCCGCCCCCUUACCCGCCCAUGCAUCCGCAAGAUUUACCGGACUUCAACGGCAACGGUGGAUUGGCAGCGCUUCAGCCGAGUCUCCUCGCCAUGCAACGCAAUCUGGUCAAUCCCAACUUCCUUCGCCAUUUCCAAGCUGCAACCUCAGCCAGGAGUGGAUCUCUGAAUCUGGGAGCCUUUCCAGGCUUUCAGGGAAUGAAUUUGGACGCAAAUUGCUACAGCAACGCCAAGGACCGUGUCAAAGACGAAGCUGAUGAAGGCGUUUCCCCUCCAUCUUCGCCGUUGUCCAAGGAAAACACCGGUGAAGGAAACGACGGACACUCGCAAAGGCUGGAACCACCACAUCACCGUAUUCCAAAGUCUGAGGAAGAAUUAACAGCAGAAGCAACCAAUCAACCCGCCGAGGAUGACUUGGAUGGUAAAGCACCAACGGCACUUGAACCUGAACAUCUGUCGAGUGAACCUGCCGCUUCGACCAAUAUGGCACCUUUUGCAAAAACUUCCAUCAACAAGCGGGAACGCAACAAAGACGGGCUUCUGGCUCAGACUGGUCCCACCGACUUGAAAAACUCGUCGGAAGAUAAAAAUCUCGACCAAGCCGACCUAGAAGAUGAGCAACCCAAAUUGAAGCGGAGUAAAGAGUCGCACUCGCCCCCUGUGUCCAUCUUUGAUGUCCCGAAAGGUGCAAAUCGAUACAUGGGAACAGGUCUCCCGGACAACCUGACCGGCUUCCCAUUCUUUGCGGGUAAACCGGGGCUACCACCGCACAGUGCCAGCUCGCUGUUAAAGGACUUCCACGACAAGGACCGGUUGAUGAACUUGUUUUCCUCGGGAGGUGCGGCUUUGGCCGCCGUAGCCGAAAUGAAUAAGACAACCUCUCGAGACGAACACUCACCAUCUUUAGGGGACCAACGUCGACGAAGCAAAAGCCCUCCCGAGGAAAAGAAUCUACCGGCAAGUCCACCUCAUGCAGUGGCCAGCGUGCAGGCCGCAUUAGCCGCCUUGCAAGCCGGACAGAUGUCUUUGAAUCAGCUCUCGGUGCAGUUAUUGGCUUUGGGGGUUCAAUCUCCAGGAUUGUUCCAAACCCAACUGGCUGCCGCUGCUGCCCGCCAACUGGCUCAACAGCCAUCGUCGGGAGCACCGAACAUGCCCCCUAACAUGAUGAUUCCACCCAACAAUGAGUUCCAAGCUAUUCAACAAGCACUACAACAACAGCAACAAAACAUCCAACAACAUUUACAAAACUUGCUGAUGCUUCAACAAUCAACCAACCAAUUGAAUAAUGGCGCAUCGAGUAAUGGCAGUCAGAAUAUCAUGAGCUCUUCGCGCUUGCCCAAUCUGUUUGGGAUGAAGCCUAGCAAUUUACCGGUCCCCAUGUCCAAUAUGUCGGACUUGCUUCCAUCUUCGAACAAACCUGGUCGACCUCUUUCAAAUCGACCUGCUCCCACACCUCCUCCUCCAUUGCCACCGUUAUCUAUGGCACCUGCCGGUCUUCCGAACACUCCAGUAUCCGGAGUCCAAUCACCAUUUGCAUCACUUUUGAGUGGGCCCUCUCCUCAAGCACAGUUCCAGCAUGCGAUGGCUCAAGCCGCCAACCAAUUGCAACAAAUCCAGAAGAAGCACUCGCAACAAAACAAAGGAUUUAGUGGAAGUCCCAACAACUUGAUGGGCCUAAGUGGCAACGGUGGACAACACGAGCGAAACCGCAUGGGCAAUGGGUCAACUGCCUCCAUGUUGAAUGCAUCAGGGGAGCCUCGAAGCCAACCGACCAAGGCCCAGCUCACCAUGCCCUCAGUCCUUCAGCAUCAGUCUCGCUUCAAUUCGAACGCGCCCGGCAAGCCGGGAGGCAUGGGGAUGAGCUUGAACGGGCAGAAUCCAUUUGCAGCACAACCUCCUCGUUUGGAGUUGCCCCCCGAGGAGUCGACGGACCUGGAGGAGCUGGAGCAAUUUGCCAAAAUGUUUAAACAGAAACGCAUCAAAUUAGGGUACACCCAGGGGGACGUGGGCUUGGCCAUGGGCAAAAUGUAUGGUAACGACUUUUCGCAAACCACCAUCUCCCGCUUCGAGGCAUUGAACCUUUCGUUCAAGAAUAUGUGCAAAUUGAAACCAUUGCUUCAAAAGUGGUUGGAGGACGCGGACAGUAGUUUGAACACAUCGAGCUUGUUCUGCAACUCGCUUUCGUCUGCAGACAGCAUGGGACGCAGGCGAAAGAAGCGCACCUCUAUCGAGACCACGGUGAGGAUAGCUCUGGAGCGAGCUUUUGGGCAAAAUCCAAAGCCCACCUCCGAGGAGAUCACCUAUGUUGCAGAUAGUCUCAAUAUGGAGAAAGAAGUGGUCCGUGUGUGGUUUUGCAACAGUUAUGCUUGGUCUCGUUCUAGACGGCAGAAAGAAAAGAGGAUCAACCCACCGGGUUCAGGUAGUGGACCACCCUCCCCGGCUUCUCCGCCCCCAUUCGGAUCCUCGCCCGCUCCAAUGAACGGAGGAGGGUCGUUUUUCGCCACGCCACCAAGGUCAUCAGCUACUCCUCCCAACUCGAUGACACCUUUUUCUGGGUCACCCGCUUCCCCGCGGGUCUCCCCUAACGCAUUUGGUUUGCCUCCUAACACGUUUCCGCCCUUAUCCACCGGAAGCUUUUCACACUUCAUGUCGUCUCCACAGUCUUCGUUUCCAACCUCAGGCAUCUUGUCUCCUACUUCCUCCCCAUCAGUGUCAAAUCCAAGUCAGCACCAACACCAACAACAACAACAACAACAAGCCUCGUCAUCAUCAUCAUCAACAACAACAGGCUUGUUGUCGGCCUUGUCGGGUGUUCCGAAAUACGAGCCUCGCUUUGAGCCCAAGUUUGAGCCGAAUCUCUCUGCGGCCCAAAAGUCGUUGGACUUGCCCUCGACAACACCAAAUUCGGGGUCCACCUCGGUGUAAAUAGGAUCAUCUGACAUUUAUUUUCUAAUACUACUACUACCACCACCCACCGUCUCUACGUAUUCCUGACCAAGAGCUUGGUCCCUAAACACCUUUGCUUUGACUAGUGUUUGUAUGUUUACUUUGCUACACUACGUAUGAUGAGUAGAUCAGUCAGCUUUUAAAGUCUGAAGAAUCAUUCACCACUUAAAAUACCUGUCUUUCCAUUGGCUCAGAACAGAACAAACUUGGUCGUCUUCAUUUUUCCAUGUUCAAGUGCCAAUAGUCACUAUAAAUUUGUUCCACACAAUAAUACGUAAUCCAUGACGUAAAUGCUACAUCGCAAUCCUGGUGAAUUAACAAAGCCCUUAGUUGCUGUCAGGACGUUUCGAAUCGAAAUGCUUGGGCCCCGUAAGAGUCUCCGUAAAACUGUACACGUGGUACAUUUUGUACAAUCGCACAUGGAACACUUCUGAUUGGUGCUCUUGUUACGAAUACUUGGUUAAUUAGUCACUACCAGGCAGUUCGAAAAAAACGAUGUUGUUCGCAUCUCUGAUUGUAAAGUUCUACUCCAUGUCAACAAUGCAUCUGUAUGUUUUUCAUUCAUUUUUUAAGCAAAAAUCCUUUUGUUCCCAUGUUGCUCCCAGUCCAGUUUGAUCAUAGUCGAAUUCAGUAUUUAUCAUCGUUAAUUUUUCUCGCAUGUUUACGAUCCCCUGAGGAAAACGAAUAUUUGUUAGAUCCAACAAGUCAAGUACAAAUGUGCUUAUUCCUUUGUUGUCCCCCAAAAUAGUAUGAUUAUCACCUUUAAUCAUUAUCUAAUAGUCCGACCGAAACAAUUACAUACAACCCUAAAUGUGUUUAAAGGCAAAAUAAAAACAAAUCUCUGUUCACAAA